UGGACCAGGUGACUCAUUCCACUCUUUCUUGAAUAGAACCUUCACUUUCAUCACUUCACUUAUAGCAUGCUCAAUUAAUUUACAUUGAAAUAUCACUUGCUAGCUACUUACCUAUAACUUCUAUCACAUGUAGCAUUCACGAUACUUUCACAUAUCAUGGGGUAAGGUCUAUCCUCCUUAGUCAUUUUCUCAUCACUCUCAUAUGCGAUCUAACGUUUGUUAGCCUCUUUUUUUAUUAUAUAUGGCUAUGGCAUCGACGGAGAGAGUGAUUCUUGGUUCAAUUGCCUUUGCAAUUUUUUGGAUAUUGGCAGUUUUUCCUGCUGUCCCAUUUAUGCCUAUUGGAAGGACAGCAGGAUCACUACUUGGUGCUAAUCUAAUGGUAAUAUUUCGAGUAUUGACACCCGAUGAAGCCUAUGCUGCUAUCGAUCUUCCAAUUUUAGGACUUCUCUUUGGAACUAUGGUUGUGAGUAUUUAUUUAGAAAGAGCAGACAUGUUUAAGUACUUGGGAAAAUUAUUGGCAUGGAAAAGCAGGGGAGCCAAGGACUUACUCUGUAGAAUCUGUUUGGUUUCUGCUAUUUCCAGUGCCUUUUUCACAAAUGAUACUUGUUGUGUUGUAUUAACUGAGUUUGUGCUAAAAAUUGCUAGGCAACAAAAUCUCCCACCUCAUCCCUUCCUUUUAGCUCUUGCGUCGAGUGCAAAUAUUGGAUCUUCAGCAACUCCUAUUGGGAAUCCUCAGAACUUAGUUAUAGCAGUAUUGAGCAACAUAACGUUCGGGAGGUUUUUAUUUGGUAUAUUUCCUGCAAUGCUUGUUGGAGUUGUCGUAAAUGUUGUAUUGUUGCUUUGCAUGUAUUGGAAGGUGUUGUCUGUUCAGAAGGAUGUCGAAAAUGCUGACAUAGAAUUAGUUUCGGAUGAAGAAGUAGUCUCUCAUCGUUUUUCACCAGCAACAAUGUCACAUGUUGUUGAUUCGUUAUAUUCUCAGGAACAGUUUUCGGUUGAUUCUAUGAAUCCUAAUAGUCAAAAUCAAGGUAAUUUCAGUGAAAAUGAAAUCAAGAAGGAUACGAACGGGGUGUUUGACUCUUCCAAGAAUUCUAAUGCCUCGAGAGAAGCAGAAAAUGAUCAUGGAUCACUUCAAAUGACGGACAAGAAUGUGUCUGUGAAGACUGUGGAUGGAUGUGAAGAACAAAUUUUCACAUCUUAUGAGGAAAAGCAGAACUUUUCUGAAAAAUGGAAAAGAUUGUUAUGGAAAAUAAGUGUUUAUCUUGUUACAAUUGGGAUGUUAAUAUCUUUGUUGAUGGGUUUGAAUAUGUCAUGGACUGCUAUCACAGCAGCACUUGCUCUUGUGGUUCUUGAUUUCAAAGAUGCCAGAGAAUGCUUAGAAAAGGUCUCGUAUUCACUGUUAAUAUUCUUCUGUGGUAUGUUUAUCACAGUAGAUGGAUUUAACAGAACAGGGAUUCCAAGUGCCUUCUGGGAUUUUAUGGAACCAUAUGCCAAGAUAGAUCAUGCUGGUGGUGUAGCAGUUCUUGCUGUUGUCAUACUUGUCCUCUCAAAUUUGGCCUCUAAUGUGCCUACUGGUUUGUCACUCUCAACUAGUACUACUACUUCCUACCUCAAAAUACCAAUUCUAUUGCUGGGAGUUCGGGUAGGUGCAUCAGCAGGUGCUAUAUCUGCAGCAAGUGAGCAGAAAGCAUGGCUCAUCUUAGCCUGGGUUAGUACUGUGGCUGGCAACCUUUCACUAUUAGGAUCAGCAGCAAACUUGAUAGUAUGUGAACAAGCUCGUCGCGCUCAACCCUCGGGGUACAAUCUCUCAUUCUGGACUCAUCUCAAAUUUGGAGUUCCCUCUACUAUAAUUGUUACAGCUAUUGGUUUAACACUUAUCAGAGAUUGAUAUUAAAUAUAUGUAAUUAACUUUUCAAAGAUUGUCAAUGGGAGUUAGUUUAAUUACCUUAUGUAUUAUGUUCUCUAUACAACAUGUAAACAAUGCAGAUGAAAAGUCAAUAAACUAUGUCUUUACCGGCACUUGGUAUAAUUUCAAAAAAGGGAAUUCUAUACCUUGUAUAAUUCUUAC